UUCCACUGUCAGCGUCUGCAAGUGAAAUGAAAUGCGACUGCAGGAGGGCUGCCAGAUGAGAUUCACGUGUUGCGGAAAGUGGAGCAGUUGGCGAUGGUGCACGUCCACGGUGAGGACCCUUUCCUCCAACAAUGCCCUGAAGCCCCUGGUGCCCACCCUCUACGCGGCGCUGGUCUUCCUGUACGGCUCAGCCGACAAGCUCCGCUGGUUUGUAGCCGGCAUCUUCCUCCCCCAGUACCACUACCCGUACGUGGCGGCCCUCUGCUUUGGCCAGGUCCUGGUGUCAGUCUUCUUCUUCAAUCUCCUCCACGUCCUGGGGGUGGCGCCACUGAGGCGGUACAGUCGUCCACUGGCGGAGCGUCUCUUGGUGCCUUCCAUCUCCAGCAGCGUCCACGACGUGCUCGUCAUGUGGGGCGAAGCCAGCAGCUCGUAUGCGGGCCUCUUCCCGCUUGCCCUUCGGCCGCUGUCUCUCGUCACGGUGGGCCUGAGCUUUGCGCUAAAAGUGUCAGCGCCACCCUCUGGCCACACCUGUGUCCUUGUGGCCAUUCUGACCGGGUCGUCUUUGGUCUUCACAGCCUGGCGUGGCCUAUCAGUCGUGGAGCCUCUUGAGUACAUGUACGCGCCUCUGGCCGUCAUCCUCCUCGGCCUCUCCCUGACUUGGCUGUCUAAAGUGUCCCACGCUGAACGCCGCCGCCUGCCCGCCGACGACCAGCCCUCCGCUUUGGACAUCUACUACACUUUGCUGGUGAAUCAAUGCUGGCUGCUGGGCCUGCUGUGGACGCUGCAUCCGGACGGCCCCCUGCUGGCGCUGAGUCGGGCCAGCUGGCGCAGCCUGCUCUUCCACGGUUACCUGUUGGCCAUCCUGCUGCUGGGGAUGCUCCUCGAUUUUGCGGUGGUCAUGUCGGCGCUGUGCAUCUCGCCGCUGGCUGCGGCGCUGUUACAUUCGGCCAGGGAAUUGGCGCACCCCUUUGCGCAGCUGCUCUGGCCUUAGACUGGCAUGUUUUUCCAAGAUUAUUUAAUAUUUAUUACCUCGGUCAGUAAGGUUAUUAUCUGACUUCCUACGCGUCUUUGUACGACCACGAUCACAUCGCAGUGGUUCAAAAACAUCAAUACAACGCCCGCUGGGUAAGGGAGCAUUUGUUGAAGUUUGCAAGGAUGAAUCCGAUUGAAAGACAAGGCACUUUUGUUGCAAAAAUAUUUAUUGCGUCACUGCAUACCAAAUGUAUCUACAGUAAUUUCAACACAUUCUUCCAUUAAAAAGUCAACCUUUGAACGGUGUAUUGAUUCCUACUUGGAUGCAUUUCACAUAUUAUCGAAUCAAUGAAGGUGUGGAUUGAGA